AGUGAAUGGUCUUGCAGCCAUGGCGAGCUUGGCUGAUGUCGGUUGGAAACUGCUGGAAUUUAAAGCCCGAUCGAAACGAUCAGAUUUGUGAUUUAACUGAGAAAGAGAGAGAAGUUUGGCCUUAAUUUCAACUUUUGAAAAUGACUGCGAUAAAGGGGCGUCAUCAGAAAGUCCAAAGGCUUGGAUCCAUCUAUGAGCCCCUCAAGCUGUCCAUCCUUCACCGCGAGGAUGAGCCCCUGUGGGAGAAGCUGGACCGCUACUACAAUGCUGUCAAAAUCACCAUCCUCAACUACCAGAGUCCCACCACUGGCCUGUUCCCAAUCAAGACUUGCUCCACCUGUAAAGAGGCCAAGGUGCGGGACUCCCUCUACUGUGCUGCGGGAGCAUGGGCCUUGGCCUUAGCUUACCGGCGCAUUGAUGAUGACAUGGGACGCACUCAUGAACUGGAACACUCAGCCAUCAAGUGCAUGAGAGGAAUUCUCUACUGCUACAUGAGGCAAGCUCAUAAGGUUGAGCAGUUUAAGCAGGACCCCAGCCCCUCCAAAUGUCUGCACUCCAUGUUCAAUGUGGACACUGGUGAUGAGAUCCACACCUAUGAUGAAUACCACCACCUGCAGAUCGAUGCCGUCUCACUGUUCCUGCUGUACCUGGUGGAGAUGAUCUGCUCCGGCCUGCAGAUUAUCUACAACACCGACGAGGUGUCCUUUAUCCAGAACCUUGUGUUCUGCGUAGAGAGAGCUUACCGAGUGCCAGACUAUGGCAUGUGGGAGCGAGGCAGCAAGUAUAACAAUGGCAGCACUGAGCUGCAUUCAAGCUCUGUCGGCCUGGCCAAGGCUGCUCUGGAGGCUAUCAAUGGAUUUAACCUGUUUGGAAACCAGGGUUGCUCCUGGUCGGUGAUCUUUGUGGAUCUGGACGCCCACAACCGAAACAGGCAAACGUUGUGUUCACUGCUGCCACGAGAGUCACGCUCUCAUAAUACAGACGCAGCUUUACUGCCCACCAUCAGCUACCCGGCUUUUGCUGUGGAUGACGAUGCUCUCUACAGUCAGACACUGGACAAAAUCGUCCGCAAGUUGCGUGGCAAGUACGGCUUCAAGCGCUUCCUCCGUGAUGGAUACCGUACCUCCAAUGAGGACAAGGAUCGUCGAUACUACAAACCUGCCGAAAUGAAGCUCUUUGAUGGGAUCGAGUGUGAGUUUCCCAUAUUCUUCAUCUUCAUGAUGAUUGACGGGGUGUUCAGAGGGAACCAUGCUCAGGUGAAAGAGUACCAGGACCUCCUUGAGCCCAUCAUCUUUCAGUCUUACGAGGGCCACGCUGUAGUCCCCAAGUACUACUACGUGCCUGCCGACUUUGUAGAGGCCGAGCAAAAGCAGCAUGGUAGCCAAAAGCGCUUCCCUAGCAACUCAGGACGUGACGGCAAGCUUUUCUUAUGGGGUCAAGCCCUCUACAACAUUGCUAAGCUGUUAGUUGAUGAACUGAUCAGCCCCAAGGACAUCGACCCCAUCCAUCGUUAUGUUCCCCGUCAGGACCAGCGCAACGUCAGCAUGCGCUACUCCAACCAGGGCCCCAUAGAGAAUGAUGUUGUGGUCCAUGUGUCGCUGAUAGCCGAGAGCCAAAGGCUGCAGGUGUUUCUGAACACAUACGGUAUUCAGACGCAGACACCGCAGCAGGUGGAGCCCAUCCAAAUCUGGCCACAGAAGGAGUUGGUCAAGGCUUACCGUUUCCUGGCUGUCAACAAAAAACUGGGCCUGAGUGGGCGUCCAGAUCGACCCGUGGGCUGUAUUGGAACCUCCAAGAUUUACCGCAUCCUGGGCAAGACGGUGGUGUGCUACCCGAUUGUCUUUGAUCUGAGCGACUUUUACUUGUCUCAGGAUGUCAUGCUGCUGAUCGACGAUAUUAAGAACGCCCUCCAGUUCAUCAAGCAGUGUUGGAAGAUGCAGGGACGACCUCUCUUCUUAGUGCUCAUCCACGAGGACAACAUCAAGGGAAGUCGCUUCAAUCCGGUGUUGGACAUGCUGGCAUCCUUCAAGAAGGGCCACAUCGGAGGGGUCAAAGUUCAUGUGGACAGACUUCAGACUCUGAUCUCCGGAGCUGUGGUAGAACAGUUGGACUUCCUGCGUGUCAACGAGGCUGAAAUCCCGGAGUUCCGAAGUUUCGAAGAGCUGGAGCUUCCCAAACACUCCAAAGUCAAGCGACAGACCAGCACGCCCAAUGCCUCCGACUUGGAGCAACAGCCCGAGAUCAGCGUGGACGAGUGGCUGCACAAGCCUACAGACGAGGUCCUCCAAAAGUUUCACGAUUGUGACUGCUUGGCCAGCCAAGCUCAGCUCGCCGGAAUCCUGUUGAGGAGGGAAGGAUCGCACUUUCUUACUAAAGAUGAGAAUCUGAUGGAAGAGCUGGAGAGGAUCUACCGACAAGCUGGCACCCGGAAGCUUUGGUCUGUUGUCCGUCUUGCUGCCAGUCUGUUAACUAAGCUAGUGGACAGCCUUGCCCCCAGUAUUACUAGUGUUUUAGUGCAUGGCAAGCAGGUGACCCUGGGCGUGUUCGGCAAUGAGGAGGAGGUGAUUUCAAACCCGCUGUCUCCCAGCGUUAUCCAGGGCAUCAUCUACAGCAAGUGCUGCCCACUUGGGGGCGAGCGCGAGGCCGUCCUUCAGCAGGAGCUUGUCAUCCAUAUUGGAUGGAUCAUCUCCAACAGCCCAGAGCUUUUCAGUGGCAUGCUCAAGAUCCGAGUUGGGUGGAUUGUCCAGGCCAUGAAACAGGAGUUGAAAAUCCGAGCUGGAGACAUGCCCCCCCAGGACAUCUACCAGCUAUCCCCCAGCGACAUCAAGCAGCUCCUACUCGACGUGCUGCAGCCUCAGCACACGGGCAGGUCUUGGCUCCACCGCCGUCAGAUCGACGGUUCGCUGAAUAGAACUCCUCUGGGCUUUUAUGACCGCGUCUGGCAAAUCCUGGAGCGGACCCCCAAUGGGAUCCUGGUCGGUGGGACGCACCUCCCUCAGCAACCGACGUUGUCUGACAUGACCAUGUACGAGAUGAACUUCUCUCUCCUGGUGGAGGACAUGCUGAAGAGUAUCGUCCUGCCCGAAUACAGACAGACCAUCGUGGAGCUGCUGAUGGUGGUGUCCAUUGUACUGGAGAGAAACCCAGAAGUGGACUUUGCAGAAAAAGUGGACCUGGACAGUCUGGUGAAGGACGCAUUUGCAGACUUCCAACGGGAUCACAGUCGCUCAGAAUGCAUUGAGAAACAGGACGACCCCCAGGCCUUCUACAACACUCCACCUGUAGGCCGGAGAGGCACCUCAAGCUACCUGACCAAGGCCGUCAUGACCCUGCUGCUGCAGGGUGACGUGAAGCCCUGCAAGGACGACCCAUGUUCUGUUAGCUAGAAGCCCUCAUGCUAAAUUUCCGUCAUCUGAUUCACUACUUUUCCUAGAUUAGCAUGUGCACUAAAGUCUAGGUGGAUUUUGGUGGUGGAGAAACAUCAUGUGGUUGAUGGAACAACAGACUAAGAAGUUAAUCAUUCUGUUUGUUGUCUUUCUAGCCAAACCUGUCAAAACAGAGGGUAAGACUGAGAAUUUUGAGAUGAAGGGCAGCUACUACAUUUUUUUAGUCCUUUUACUCAACACUCGGCAGCCGUCUCAGAAUUAUUUUAGGCCGGUUAGCAAGAAAAGCUUUGAAGGGAUGUAAGAAUGAACUAGCAUUAGCAUUUUGUGCUAAGACUUAAGCUAAGCCUAGACUCUUCUGACAGUUGGUUAAUUGUCACACAACAUUCACUGACAAACACCAUGUCAAAUUUGCUGUCGAAUUGCUUGUAGUCUACAUUUUGGCAGUACAGUUGCUGAAUUGCCAAUCAACAGCCAUACAACUAAAUCCUCUUAAUGAUUUACAGAGCAAUGCUAGCUAUUAGCCAGUGUCAUGCUAAUCUAAAGCAAGCUAAACUAACCCCUUUUGAAUCCAUUAAGUCGUCAUAACAUCCUGUUCAUCAUGGUGCUUUUGAUUGCCAGAAGCAUGAUUAGCUGCUAAUCCGGUGCAAAGUGAUGUUUAGAAAUCACCUACUUUGAAUGUGAAUAGCGUUUUUUUGUGUUGGAAUACACGCUAAAUGUUUAGAUUGUCAUGGUUGCAUGCACAAUUAUACAUAUAUUUUUUUGCUUAAUGGCAGCAGUGCAAGGAGAAAUAAAGACACAUUUAAAAGUAUGAUUGUAUAUUGUUUGUUAGGUCAAGUUAAUCAUGGUUUUGUUUUUUAAUAGGUAAAUUAUCAAAGUUUGUCGCCUCUCUCCGCUAACAUGCGAUGAUAAAAAAAUUCCCGGAGAGCAUAGUGACGUUGAAUAAACGUUGAUUUUUCAUCAUAAUCAUUAGUAUGGUUGACAUCGACGUUUUUCGACGAUAAACCAUGUUGAAUCAAUAUUACAAAUACCGAUGACACCAUACAGUGACGUUGAAACAACAUUGUUCUAUUGUAU